UCCAUCGCCCUCACACUCUGCACGCCGUCCUGGCAGUAUGGGUCGCACUUACAUAGUCGAAGAUGCCGUGGAGGGAUAUCUGACUAAACAAUGUGAACAAAAAGUAGUUCCAGUCACCGGCCUGCUCAUUGGACAGAGCUCAACCCAGAGGGAGUAUGUCGUCACGGCAACUCGGACACCCCAAAGGGAGGAGUGUGCUGCAUCGGGUGGGAACUCCCUGGACAAGGAGUGGGUGACUGAGCAUGCCCGACAGGUGUCUCGGAUGUUGCCCGGAGGUCUCUCCGUAUUGGGUGUCUUCAUCGUCACUGACAACGACGCCAAGGACACACUCGCCACACUGCGACAGCUGGUCUUUGCAGUGGAGAACCUGAUCUCCACAGAGCGUCUGUGGAACUCUGCAGAGGACGUCUCCGACCGCGUUGUGCUGCACGUCAACCCCCAAACCAGAAAAACCUUAUGCCGAACCUUCGACGUCAAGGACCCCAAGAGCGUGGCCAAGCCUGCAGACUGGAAGUACCAGUCGGGCGUGUGUUCCUCCUGGAGCACGGUGUCCUGUUGUCUGAGCGUGGACGUGUUGGUGCCGCUGCCAGACAAUACAGCGGCUACGGAGGACACGGACAAAUGUCUAAAGGAGGGGCUCAGAGGGUGGGCACGCCGGGUGGAGAGCGCCGUCUGUCUGAUCGACGGAAGGAGGCCGGCAGCGGACACCGAGCUCGCGGGAGGACAGAAGAGGAACGCGAGACCGACGUACACCGCUCAGCUCCUCAUCACAUCGGAUGAGCGGAGGCUGACGGAUGUGGUCCAGCGGUGCGGAGGCAGCGUGUCAGUCAGAGGAGCGGUCUACAGCACAGCGUACCUGCACAGCAACAAACCCAAGGCCAGACUGGCCGAGAAGCUGCUGAAGAGGGACGCGGUCUCCACGGUGACCACGAGGGCUCAGAUGGUGCUGGAGGAGCUGCUGACGUCGGGAGGGGCGAGCGAGGGCGGCAGCAGAGACAAACAUCAGAGAGAGCAAUUCUGUCUCCCUCAUCGCGUCUUCUGCCCGGUGGAAGCGAGCGGCCCGGUGUGCGUGUGCGACUACCGCUUCAGUGACGAGGGCCCGUCUGAGGUGAUUGACAGGCUGAAGGAGAUGCUGGACAUGGACGCAGCAGAGAAAGACCUGGACACCAGGCGGGAGACGCCUGCCGAGGUCUGGGAGAGAGAUGGCGUACACGAGGCCACGGUGGAAACCGCUGAAGCACCGCAAUCCAAGAGGAACUACUUUGGUGCUGCCAUGGCAACCACCGUCGCCCUUCUUGCCACUGCUGCCUCGAUGCUCUAUCUCAACGACGUUUAAUACACACAUGCAUUUGCCAAAUAAGAUUUUAUUUGGUAGGACUUAAAUUGGUUGCUGUGUUAAAUAAACAACGCUGUAUGUGAGUUA